CGCAGGCGCCCUCCUCUCGCCGGGGGCUGCGAGUUGCAUUUGGUAAAACCCAGCCCCGGAAUAUAUAGAUCAUUGGAGCGCAAUGAAGUAGGCUUCGGAGAGAAGGGAGGGGGCCGGUUCGACAGCCACAUCGGCCAGCGCAGCGGCAGCACCACCAUCACCGCUCGCACCCCAGCCGCCUGGCCCGCGAGGAGGCAGCAGCGGCGGCCGCCGGCGGGCGCUGAGGCGGCGGCGGAGAGGCGAGGAGGACCAGCCGGAGGAUCCGGAGCGCGCAGCCGGCGGGUCCACGCAUCUUGGCACUUCCAGAGCAACUCCGGCGUCUUCCACACCCUCGCCCGGGGCUAGGAGCUCUGAGACCGGCCGCAAAGCUAGCCCGAUCCUUCUCCCGAGCCCUCCCAACCCUGCCCUGCGCCUCCCGGGUCGGCUCCACGCAGCGAGGUCCCGGCUCCUGCGCCCCGGGCGCGCCUCCCGGACACCCCGGUACCCGUAGGCAGGACAAAGCCAUGAAGCCGGCGCUUCUGGAAGUGAUGAGGAUGAACAGAAUUUGCCGGAUGGUGCUGGCCACUUGCUUGGGAUCCUUUAUCCUGGUCAUCUUCUAUUUCCAAAGUAUGUUGCACCCAGUCAUGCGGAGGAACCCCUUCGGCGUGGACAUCUGUUGCCGGAAGGGGUCUCGAAGCCCCCUGCAGGAACUCUACAACCCGACCCAGCUGGAGCUCUCCAACACCGCGGUCUUGCACCAGAUGAGGCGGGACCAGGUCACAGACACGUGCCGGGCCAACAGCGCCAUGAGCCGCAAGCGGCGUGUGCUGACGCCCAACGACCUGAAGCACCUGGUGGUGGACGAGGACCACGAGCUCAUCUACUGCUACGUGCCCAAGGUGGCCUGCACCAACUGGAAGCGGCUCAUGAUGGUCCUCACCGGGCGGGGGAAGUACAGCGACCCCAUGGAGAUCCCGGCCAACGAGGCGCACGUCUCCGCCAACCUGAAGACCCUGAACCAGUACAGCAUCCCAGAGAUCAACCACCGCUUGAAAAGCUACAUGAAGUUCCUGUUCGUCCGCGAGCCCUUCGAGAGGCUGGUGUCGGCCUACCGCAACAAGUUCACCCAGAAGUACAACACGUCCUUCCACAAGCGCUACGGCACCAAGAUCAUCAAGCGCCAGCGGAAGAACGCUACCCAGGAGGCCCUGCGCAAAGGCGAUGACGUCAAGUUCGAGGAGUUCGUGGCCUAUCUCAUCGACCCGCACACGCAGCGCGAGGAGCCCUUCAACGAACACUGGCAGACCGUCUACUCCCUGUGCCACCCGUGCCACAUCCACUAUGACCUCGUGGGCAAGUACGAGACGCUGGAGGAGGACUCUAAUUACGUCCUGCAGCUGGCGGGAGUGGGCAGCUACCUGAAGUUCCCCACCUACGCCAAGUCCACAAGAACUACUGACGAAAUGACCACAGAGUUCUUCCAGAACAUCAGCUCAGAGCACCAAACGCAGCUGUACGAAGUCUACAAACUCGAUUUUUUAAUGUUCAAUUACUCAGUGCCAAGCUACCUGAAAUUGGAAUAAAGGGGGUGGGAAGGGGGGGAGCGAGGGAGAGAAUUGUGCUUUUUAAUUUAAGAUUUUUAUUUGUCAAAAAGAAUUAUAUGAAUAUUGGGUUAUUUUGUAAAUUAAUAUUUCUUUGGGGGUGAUGCUGCGAGCAGCAUAGCGAGAAUUAUUUAAAGCCCUUAGCAGGGAAGGACAAGCGGUCCGGGCAGGGGAGUCGGGUGGGGUCCCUGUUUGUAGACACGAAUACUGCAACACUGUCUCAGAGGUUUCCUUGUGUUCUGGUGAAUUCCAUGAAGUGUGCAUUCCACGAAUUCUAAUUAAUAUUAUUUAUAGUUAUUUAAACACAGUCUCUGUAUAGAGUUCAUUUUGUGGCAGCAAGAGUCCAGUGUCUCCGCAUAAGGAAUCUGUGUUUCACUCUUCGCUUGCUCUGGCUCAUUCGGGGGUGUGGACGUCCCCACUCGCCGCUCAGAGACGCACUGUGUGAUGACAGCCGUUGCGAUGUGGGCUGAUGCCCCCGUGCUUGAAAUUCUGCUAGAAAUAAACGGAAAGAGGCACCUUUGCAAGGGACGAAUUCCAAACCGAUUUUCAGUCAACCCAAAAGUCCCUUGCCCUAAAGAAAUGUGAUUUUUGUUUAACCCAAGAAGAGAACUGAUUGUAGCUUUUUUUUUCUUUUCACCAGAAUUAGUAGUCUGCUAGAAUAGGCUUUUCUCAAUAAAAUGUUAACUGGCAGUGCCAGUUGUGAUGAAGAUGAAGUGGUUGUUGCUUUGUAGUCAGAAAGUGUUUAUCGAGCAACUACUAUGUGCUGGGCCUCAUUCUGGGCCCUGCAGAUAGAGCCCUGAGCAAAGCCGAUAGUCUCAGCCCUCGGGAAGCUUUACAUGGUCACAGAGUCUCCAGCUUGACAACUAGCAAACCCCUAAGAUUUUAGACUUCACGUGUGGUUAGGACUGUUCAUAAUCAGGUCCAUGGCCCCUACAAAUCUGCAUCUUCCUAUGACCCAAAUUUGAAAACCACAUGCUUGGAGCAGGCCACUGAACUUGGUGAGUAAUGCAAGCUCAGUGCCCAGCAUACAGGAUGGCAACGAUGUUUCUUAUCACGUGCCUGGUCUAAUUUAUUGGUAGUGCCUGCCUUUAAGCCCUGGAACAGAUUGAGCAGGCAUAGCAUGGGAGAAUGCUGUGAUUGAUUAGUGAUGUCUGCUCUGGGGCAGGGAAGGGGAACGUUAGCUGCAUCCAGUGCCUCCUCCUGUCAUCUCCAGCCCAGUAGCCUCCUGGUAGAAGUGUUGUUUUCUACCCUUGCCGUAUAAUACCAUGGUGGGAUUCCUACACCCUGGAGAUUCGCAAUGGCCUGGCGUUCCUACCCCUCACGAAGGUCAGGGGCGGCCUCUUGACUGUACACACGCACAUGCGCACCUGCUCUCGAGUCCUCCCAGGGCUAAAAGGACCUCAGCACCUUUGUGACCGCCGUGCAUGAGCAGCAAGGACAGCCUUCCGUGAUGGCGAGUCACGCCCCCUCCCUCCGGAAGGCUGCAAACGUUCACUUCCUGCUCCUUGCCGAUUACCGCCUGCGCAUGCUCCCCGUCUCCAGCCAUCCCCCCCCCCACGCCUCGGUCGAAGUUUGAGUCACAUCCCUCUUAACAGCUAGCGAAUGAGUUGGUAGCAGAUACUGUAUAUAAUAAUAAUAGUUCUAAUAAUAGGGGUGGGGUGGGGUGUGGGUAAGUUUUGCUUUUCAUUUUGUUGUUUGAUGCAGUACAUAGCCAAGGGGUGAGAAGAAUAUUCUAAAACAAACAAAAAAAAUGAAUAAUUUAUUCACAGAAACUAUGAAAAUUGUAUGGUAAAGCUCAGAGCCUGCCCAGUGAGCUGUCGCCGCCACAUCUCACCGAGAAAAUUAUUUUAAUGAAUGGGAGCGAGGUGGCCGGAGCUAUUUAUAAAUGCCGUGUGCCUCCUUCCGAGCUCUCUCCCCUUGCGAAGGGCGCGGUGACUCUACCCUUGAUGGACAGAGAUUGUUGCGGCCUGUUUUACCAAGCAGAGCGACAGUUUUUGGCUGUCCCUGGAACUGGGAGUCUGGACCCUAUUUCCAGGCAGAGGAUGCUGUCCUCAGAAAUAGAGCUUCUGCCAAUGAGACAGGUUGUCCAGCAUUUUUAAGUACGUGUGCUCUGUAGAACACAGGUUCUAGGGGAUGUCAAGUUCGUGUGGUAGGUACUAAAUAAGAGUUUUGGGGUCACGUGUUCUUGACAAAGGAAGUUAAGUCGGUUUCCUUUCUGCUGGACUUUUCAGAGCCUUGAAGGUGAGCUGUGCAUUGUGAAUUCCCAAGAGUGUCACUGAGUCUGUAGCGUUUCUGACCUUCCGUGACCGGGACACGCUGUUUUGCAAAUUAUCUCACGGAGCUAGUGUUCCGCGGAGUACACUUUGGUUAGGUUGGUUUAGCCCAUCUGAGGUCUUCCAGGACAAAAGCUUCCUCUCUCACCUUCUCUUCAAAAAACAAAAGUAAAACAAAAAAAAAAAAUCAAAAUAAAACAGCACCACAGUGUCCAAGCAGCAGAGGUACGUUAUCAAAUGAAUUCACCAGCAGUGGUUCUCAUCCUGGAUUUGACCACAGGCAAUGGAAGGGAAGUUUGGGGUGGUGUGGACAGAAGGAAGGGGGGAGGGCAAAGGCCACUGUGGUCCCCCGCUGCCUCAAGCCUUAGGUUGCUCGAUGCAAGCAGAGUGAACGCGACCCUUGACGAGUGCUUCUUCAGGUCCAGGGGUUGGAAUUGUUCACUGUGUGCUUUUCGGUCCUUCAGUGGAAAUGCACUUGGAUUUCCUGAGUUCCACGUUUCCGUGUCCGCCUUCGAUAGGCUCUGCGAGCACACUCAGUGCUGUGUGCAGGUUGCCCUCUUGCAUCCACGUCCCCUCUUUGAUGUGAGGAGGAACAUCCCUGGGGGAUGGCCCAGCAGUGUGGUUCUGCAGCGAGGGACCCUUUCUCCUCCUGUUGUGUUUUGUAUUCAUAUUUUACUUUCUAAUGGUAUACAAUUUUUUAAAGUGAUUCACUGUUUUUGCAGAAGGUAGAAAGUAUUCUGUGUCCUUUGUUAAAAAGAAUUCAUGAGCGGAAAUGUGCCUGGAAAACAAGAGUUUGGGGGGGGGGUUCUGUUUUGUUUUUUUGGUUUUGGUUUUUGUUUUUGUUUUUUAAGGAAACUGUUUGAAAAUGCUUUCUAUCGCAUGCUUAGCUGGAGAAAAGUACAGGCAGGUGUCCCAUCUCCGAGCCACUUUUCAAGGGUGCUGCUGUGUUUUCAAAACCAGGUACAGUCAGGGUAGUAUUUUACAAGGACAUUCCCGCUUACCUUACCGUUUUGGUUGGAAAACCCUAGAGUGCUAGUCACGGCGUUGGAAUCCCUACAGCUUCUCUGGACCCCCCUGUCUGCCUCCCCAGCCGGUCUGGGAAGAAGGGCAGUCCGCUGACCUGUGGUGUCUCAGAGGGGACCGUCCUUCCCACCUGUCCACCAGGUGAGCUUCCCCAUCCUGCUUGCUCAGGAUCUGGACGCCACAGGAAAGCAGCAGGCAGUGGACACUCCUGUCGGACCAGUGGUCCCAGGGGCACAGCCCCAGAAACAAGGGUCUGGAGGGUCUGGAAACCCUGCUCAUAGAAAAGCAAGUCCCUAGCACACUGGUGGAGUCUGGUGGAGUCUGCACCCGUACCGAGGCAGUGGUUGCAGAAGUCCCUGCUCUGACCCAGCAGCAAGCCGAGGGGACUCUGUCCCUGUGGGUGGUGCUCAGAGCACAUCCCUCAGCCCAGUCCUUCCCUGCACGCACGCACACACACACACACAACCGCAGCUGCCCCCUUCUGUACAAUCCUGGAGAGCAGAAGCCCUUCCUUGCCCACUCCUACGUCAGCAGGACUGACCUCAUCGCUCUCCCCCAUUCCUACAACCAGCAUUUCCUCCGGCUCUUUGCCGUCACGACCAGUUGGACCCUAUGAACAGGCAACGGGACCUUCUGCAGCCAGCCCGGCUGGUGGCCGUUAACAGGCGCGUUUCAGUCUGCUUCUCUUUGUCAGUGCCGGUGGGGCUGCCUGUGCCGUUUUCUGACGAGCAUGCUCAGUGUGGCGUAUGGAUGUACAAUUGAACAUCUUUGUGGAGGGUGACUUUUUUUUACAUAUUUGUAUGCAGUAGAGGGCUUGUUGUCGAGGGCUCCCUGUAUCUCCCCGUGCUGUUCAAGAAAGCCGAAUUCCACGUUGCCAACAAGAGCGUGACAUGUCCAUGAACCUUCCUCCAGGAAAAGCCAUUCAAGCCUGAUUAUUUUUCUAAGUAACUUCAAUUAAAUUGAAGGAAAAAAGAA